AUGUCAGUCGAAGAAUUAGAAAGUAUUAAAGAAGAAAAUAUCCUUGAAUCAAAAGAAAUAAACCUUAUUCUAACUUCAGAUAUAGCAGCCCCAACGCUUUUAACAAAAUUUAAAGAUUUGUUACUUUAUUGUGAGGAAUUAUCAAAAUAUUUUCGUAAAAAGUACCUUUUAGAAAUAGAUAAUUCAGAAAAUUAUUCUAAAUAUCAUAGACAAUUUUUUAAUAUUAAUGAUGUAAAAGUCAGUGCUGAUUCAACUUUGAUUAAUUUCACUAAACAGAUUCUCACGUUCGAUGAAAAGUUUGCGCAAGUUAAGUUGAAGUAUGCAAAUUCCCUGGAUAAGAUAUCUAAUGAAUUAAAUUCUUUAUUGCUAAUCAUGACUAGAUUAAGAAAAUCUAUUAAAGAGAAAUCAAGGAAAUUGGAAAAAAAUUUAAUGGACUCUAUUAAUGAUUCUAAAAAAUCAAAAAACCGUUAUGAUUCAUUAUGCCAGACUUAUUUAAGAUUGCUUAAUGAUAAUUCAAAAACGAAAUUAACAUUAAGAGGAUCUAAAACUCAUAAAGAACAACAAGAUGAAUUACAAAAAAAGAUUGAUGCUUCAAUUAGAGAUUAUAAAUCUACAAUCAAUAUCUCCAAAAAUUUAAGGAAAAAUUAUAUUGAAAUAGAAAAACCAAAAUUAAUAUCUGAACUGAAAAAUUUAAUCAUUGAAAUGUCAAUGGCUAUGACGAUGCAAUUAAAAAAAUAUACUUUCCUAACUGAAAACAUGUUUUUACAAUUAGGGCUAUCAAUUUCUCCUAUUGGUGAAAAAUCUACAAAAUCAAUGAAAACAGUUGUUAAUUCAAUAGAUUAUGAAAAAGAUUUAUACAAUUUCCUAAAUAAAUUUAAUUCGCCCACUAAAAAACAUUCGUUAUUAAUCAACACUGAUUUGGUUCCAUUGGAUUUAGAAUUAAACAGUCUAGUUCCUUCAAGUGAAAAUGUUAAAACAUCUUCUAGUGCCAGAACUAAAAAGAAACUUCCCAUGAAAACGAAAAAUGGAUUAGCCAAAAGGAUGAUUUCAACUGAAAAUGAAUCACCAUUUAGUUCCACAAAUUAUAGUUCUUCUUCUAUAUCCUCUCCUUCCGGAAGUGUAAAGCAUAUAAGGAGUAUGUCACCUUUGUCAACUAAUUCGCAUAAGCCACUAAAGAAGGUAACUAGCCACAAUUCGCAUGCCCAAUCAUCUUCUCCUAAUACUUCAAGAAAUUCGUCCAAUACUUCUUCAAAGUCAAAAAUUACUAACGAUAUAAUACCGCCUGCUUCCAUAAUUCAGUCUAAUUCUAAUCCUCGUGAAUCAGCUCAAUCUGAUGAUCAUUUUAUAUCGCUUGAUCCUAAACCUGAUUACUCUCAAGAUCUUGAUACUGGAUUUGAAUUAAUUCUUUCUCAAAUAAAUGAAGAGUUUCAUUUCUCCUCUGAUGAAUCAUCAAAAGAAACCACGGAACUUGAUAUAUCUAUAAAAAAAGUGCCUUUGAAUAACAAUAUUCUAAUAUUUGGUUCUUCUUUGGAAGAAACAACUAAACAUGAUAAUGAUACUGUCCCAAUAUUUGUUGAAAAAUGCAUCGAAUUUCUUCAAAAGAAUGGAGCUAAAUAUAAUGACCUAUAUGACGAUUCUUUUAAUAUUCAAACUGUUGAAAGUUUAAUUACUGAAAUUAAUAACGACCCUAAAUCAAUAUCUACUGUUUUACGUACUGAUAAAAUUCCAACCAAAGAAUAUGUUUUCAAAAUUGCCAAAUUAUUUCAAGCUUAUUUUGUUUCAUUACCAGAAACUCUUUUGCCGCCAGGCUUAGAAGAAGAAUUCAAACAAUGCUUAAAUAUUACAUACAUGGAUACGAAAAUAAAAUACAUGCACGGAAUCUUAUAUAAACUUCCAGAGCCACAGUAUUGGACUUUGCGAGAACUUUUGUUCCAUUUCAAAUUUUUAUUUUCUCAAGGUGAAACGCAUAGUGUUACUAUAAACUCAAUUUGUAGUGCUUGGGCUGAUAUCCUUAUCCCUUCAUCUUUAGAGGAUUCUGAUCCAAAGAAGAAGGAAUUUCAAAAGGAUAUUUUAAAUAUUAUUAUAGAAACUACUGAUCAAGCUUUUGAAGCUGAUUGA